GGUUUGAUGUUUGGUUAUGCAACAGAUGAGACAGAAGAAUGUAUGCCUCUAACAAUUAUUCUUGCUCAUAAACUGAAUGCCAGGUUAGCAGAGCUGAGACGUAAUGGAGAACUUCCUUGGCUGAGGCCUGACUCUAAGACACAGGUCACAGUUCAGUAUAUCCAGGAGAAUGGAGCAGUCAUCCCAGUGCGUGUUCACACCAUUGUGAUAUCUGUGCAGCAUGAUGAAACUAUUUCACUGGAGAAUAUGCGCAGAACCCUGAAGGAUCGCGUGAUUCAAGCUGUUGUCCCUGCAAAAUACUUGGAUGAGAAAACAGUUUAUCACCUUCAACCUAGUGGACGUUUUGUUAUUGGAGGGCCUCAGGGUGAUGCUGGUGUUACUGGUCGAAAAAUCAUUGUAGAUACUUAUGGUGGCUGGGGAGCCCAUGGAGGUGGUGCCUUUUCUGGCAAAGACUACACGAAGGUGGACCGAUCAGCUGCAUAUGCAGCCCGUUGGGUGGCCAAGUCUCUUGUGAAAGCUGGGCUCUGUCGCCGUGUUCUGGUUCAGGUUUCUUAUGCCAUUGGGGUAGCUCAUCCACUGUCCAUUUCACUAUUCACUUAUGGAACUUCCCAAAAAACAGAGAAAGAGCUGCUGGACAUUGUGCACAAAAACUUUGAUCUUCGGCCUGGAGUCAUUGUCAGGGAUUUGGACCUAAAAAAGCCCAUUUACCAGAAGACUGCAUGUUAUGGUCACUUUGGAAGAAAUGAAUUCUCAUGGGAGGCGCCUAAAAAACUGGUGUUUUGACACUAGCAGUCACCCUCUAAAAACAGAAAGGAAAAGAAGUCCAGUAAUGACGAGGAUGCUUCCAGAAAACAAAUUUGACAGCUUUGUACUCAUCAAAAGGAAUUUUAGAUUUUCAAUGGAAAGAAAGAAAGAAAAAGAUAUUUUCUUGGAAAUUGAUUUUUUUAACCCUCAGUGUCUUUCAUUAUGUAAGAUAUAAAGGACAGAGUCUGUUUGUUUUUUUUUUUUUAAUCAGCAUAAGACAACAAAAUACAGUUUACUUUUUACUGCUGCUCUGUUGGUUCUUUUGAUAAAGGCAAAGUAUGACUCAGUUGCUCAAACCAAUGGCUGAACCUCAAACCUUUCAUGGGCAAAGGCAAAGAAGGCUUUCCAAACUCUGACUAAGGAUCAGCAGAUCUCUUGCUUCUGAUUAGACAACAGGAAAUUCUCGGGUCCAAUUUCCUUACUGGAGUUAGCAUUGCAUACAGCUAGGGGUUGCUUUGAUGGAAGGCUGAAUAUCACAUAACUGUAUGUCAACCUCUUUUGUAGAAGAUAUUAACAUACAUAUAAUAUUUAAAUCACUUUCACUGGGUAUGUGCUGUUACUGUUGUGUUUCAAAUAACUGUGUUUUUGAAACACAAGUGUUCUCCUAUCAAUCACAGAAUAAAAAGCUUUUUCCUAC